GUUUCCAUGGAACUCUGAAAGACGAAACCUAAGUCCAUUGUAGAUGUAAGACUGAUUCACGCUAGUCGUACCGUAGAAGGUGAAGUCGAUAUUACAUUGUCUGGGAUAUCAGGGAUGCCAUGCGAAAUGUCUCCAUACAAGAAUUUGCAUGAUAGCUACGUGCCAAACAAAGGGAACCUUGACAGGAUUGCUGUGCUGGCCUUGGCAGUGGUUUGUUUGACGGUGAUGGGAGUCAUUCUUGCCAUUGCUGUACUGGAAAGACCAUCAGUAGAGGAACAUGUCCAACCUGCUGUGACGUCUCAGGAUGAGAAUGAUGUUCCUGACCAGGAAAGCCGGAUCACCCUGGUGGAAAGCCUGCCCUUGUACAUGCAGUAUGGAGCCAAUGCAACCUUUGGAACUCCCCUGGAGAAGGGCUGGAAGAAUCUGCUCUCCAUGGCAACCAAACAGGUUGAUGUGGCGUCCUUCUAUUGGUCUCUCACUGGGGAAGACAUCAGCGUCAACACGUCUACAGACCUGUCUGGCAGGGCUAUAUUGGAGCAGUUUGGAGAUUUACCAUCGAGAAAUGUGUCUGUUCGAGUUGUGACGAGCAUUCCCACUGUGUCAACUAACUCGACAGACCUUAAUUUUCUGAGAAAUAAAGGGGUCCAGGUGAGGAGGGUGAACUUUGGACGAUUGACUGGAGGCGUCCUCCACACCAAGUUCUGGAUCGUGGACAAGAGACACAUCUACAUUGGCAGUGCCAACAUGGACUGGAGAUCUCUCAGUCAGGUGAAGGAGCUGGGAGUGAUUAUCCAUAACUGCUCCAAGUUAGCAGAGGACCUCCACAAGAUCUUCUCUUCCUACUGGGUGAUGGGUCACUCCAAAAGCUCCAUCCCAUUCCCAUGGCCGGCCAAGUACCACACCAACAUCAACCAAGACCGCCCCCUGCUGGUCAAAACUGAGAACAUGUCUCACAGAAUUUACAUCGCAGGCUCCCCCCCGGCCUUCUGCCCCAGCUCCCGGACACAGGACCUGGACGCAAUACUGUCAGUGAUGGAUGAGGCGGAGCGGUACAUAGAUGUUUCAGUCAUGGAGUAUUUCCCCACAACUCGAUUCUCACACCAGUCAAGGUACUGGCCGCUCAUCGAUGACGCCCUGAGGGAGUCUGCGUUUGAGCGCCACGUGAAGGUCCGCAUGCUGAUCAGCUGUGGGCGGGACUCUGACCCAGCUAUGCUGCCCUUCCUCAAGUCCCUCUCCUCUCUGGACGCCCCCAGACACAACAUCAGCAUACAAGUGAAACUGUACAUUGUGCCAGUGGCUAACCAGACAGAUAUUCCGCAUGCUAGAGUCAACCACAAUAAAUACAUGGUGACUGAUAAAGUUGCAUACAUUGGUACGUCUAACUGGUCAGAAGACUACUUCGACAACACGGCUGGGGUGGGACUGGUGGUGUCGACCCAGAGCGCUCCACACCGGGCUGGGAGGGACCAGGGGCUGCGGGGGCAGCUCAGGGCAGUGUUUGACCGAGACUGGCAUUCCCAGUUUGCUGUGAAACUCAACGCACUGGGAUCCAACCCUGACUGUAAUCUCUCAAAGGGAUAAAGGCUAUAGAUGCUAUUAUAGUCUUAUUGUGAGCGAGCUAAUAGGGUGCUAGAUUAAAUUGAUUCACUGUGUUGUUUAGCACAAUGUGUAAGUAGUCUACAGAUAUUAUCUAGCUAUAUCAGAUCAUUGAACUCAGUAUGUAUCUUAAACGUAUCAUGUGUACCUUCAAAUAAUUAGAUGCAACAUUGUACUUUACGUCUUUAGAUUUUUGUAAAUAAAUAAAUA